AUGUUGACCCAACAGUCGCUGCCGCCAGUAAAGCGCAAGCGAUCCGACUCUAAUAUUUCUGAAGCUCCCACGGCUAAAGCUCGUUGCGACGAAGAUUCCAUCUCUCCAUCUCUACCGGCGCAGGUCGCUGAAGAGACCCAAGAUGCCAAACUUAACCACCCCACGCAAUCGUCUGUCAACAUUCCAUGCCCUGCGGCCCCGGUCGCCGAACGGACUUUGAAUACCAAUAUGCUCCGCGAAACUCUCACAGGCCAGAUCGGCCUAGAGGUUUUGUUGAAGCAUCAGGAAAUGCGCCAGAUCGACCAAGAAAUCGCCAAGUGCCAAAUCGCGCUCGAGCAACUGCGCCGAUGCGCUGAGAUUCCUUUCCCAGGAUCCACUGUCACCGGUCCCUCGUUGGAUGUCAGUAAUGGCGUUGGUCCAUCGCUUCCCAAACAUACCGAAAUACAGUCGCCCGCGCCUUGGGGUGUCACCGAAGGUCCGUACACACGCCAUUAUGCGCGGUGGUUACUUUCCGAUCCGCGCUUCGACGACGCACGAGUGCUGUAUGAGACAGGUCCUUCUGUCGCUGACCCUUCUACUGCCCCAGCCAUGGCUGGUCGUACAACUCGCAACUCCCGGAGCACCCGCGCCCUGGGCAAUCCCCCAACUGAAACCCCGUCCACUCAUCCUACAACUGGGCCGAAGCUAGAUCUUCCUUACGUCCUCAUUCAUCGCGACUCGGACAAUACCAUUGUCAAGCUUGUUUGCCCCGAAUGCAAGGUUUUCAACUUUGCGAGCGCCCAAGGUUUCAUAAACCACACUCGUCUCUCACACAACCGUCGUAUCAACUCUCAUCAACACGCUGCCGACGAAUGUGGCCAGCCUCCCACCAGUGAAGAGAUCAACAAGGAUUAUGAGAUGAAGUCGACUCACACCAAGGCUAUGGCCCAAUUCAAGGCCACCAAGGGCCAGUACAAGGCCUCGAUGCUUCCUGGUGCCGAAUCUCUGUACAAGAACCCCCAACGCCCGCAGCGCAAGUCCCACAAGAAGGUUCAACCCGCACCUCUUGCUGAACCUGAGACCAAGUUCCCGUCGGGAUCGGUACAUCCGCUAGUUUUCGCGCCUGACCUCAAGCGUCCCAACUGCUUCGAGACCCCGGCGGAGCAGUUGCCCUCGACGGGCCUGAAGCCAAGCCUAAAACGCCGUCGUCCUGAAACCACUACGGUGAAUGCCUCAUUCACACCAUCGAUGGUAACACCCCACCUCUCCGCUCUGAUUGAGAGUAAAGGUGUCGGCUUGGACAUGGCAGAGUUGAUCAAGGAUGCCAAGUGCAAAAUCGGAACCGAAAAGAUCACCAAGUUCGUUAUUUCAGACGAAGCUGAAGUGAAGACAUCAAAAGUGAAGUCUACAAAGAUCGUGAAGACCUCUCGCGCCGCAAGAACUUCAUCCGUCAUGGAAACAUGUGGCAAGAAAGUCCCGAUUACCCGGGAAACUUGUGAUGAGGAUGAGCCACUUCGCGUGACCACUGGUGGAAAGAAGAUGGUGAUUGACCGCAAAACCGGCCAUCAAACUCUUCAAACCACCGAACCAACUGGUGGUAAGACCUGUUACCUCAACAAAGAAACUGGCCGUAAGACGGUGUCCGUGAAGGAAGCAGCUGGCGCACAGCCAUCAUCCAGCAGCUCGGGCUCGAGCUCGGAAGUUUCCAACUCCUGGGAACCGUCCGACGAUGACCAGGCUCCUAGCCUAGUCAGCGAUGACGAAGAUGACUGUGCGCUGGCCUACGACGCUGCCACCCCUUCCCCUGAGGAGAUGGAUGCCGAGGAAUUCCGCAUCCAGGUGGGCGAAGAGAUCUAG